UCUAUUCUUCUCUCUUGUGUACCAUCAUCAUCCUCAUGGAGUUUUACAUACGAAACGUAGACUUUCAAGCAACUGAGUAUGAGGUCACAAAAAAGAUCGCAGAGGUUUUACAUGCGUGCCCCGGUCCAUUUGUGUCGGAUGCCGAUGCGCAGCAUCGUCCCAUCAACUUUAGAGUCACGCUCGAAAAGAAUGAAUGCGGAGGCGUUCGUAACAAAGGCUUUGGGUCACUCAGACUGCCCUCUAGGGAUGUAGGGCUGAAAUUCCGUCGGCUUGUUGACGGCGAAGAUGGUGUCACCAUCAAGGUCGGCAAAAAGCGUCUGAAAUUCGCCCCUACAAACAACCACAUCCCAAACAACAUGCUAGUCACUCUCACAAAGGCCCCCUAUGUGGACCCCGAUAUCGCUCAAAAACGGCAGGAGAAGAUCGAUGCGUCAAGUUCAGACUUUCGAAUCGCUAAAGUGCAAAUCGGUAUAUUCUAUCGCCCUGAAGGUGCGAGCCCAUCAGAUCCACGUACCUUCAGUGUGGAAUGGCAGUCCAAUCUUCUCCGAGUCAACGAGCUUGGGUGGUUGAACUUCGAAUAUGAGCACAAACUGAUCCGUGCAAAGAUCGGUGAUCCAGCGCGAGGACAAUUGUUAUACAGCCUGAUUAUUACCUUCGCCAACAUCAACAAAAUGGCUGUGGGUUCUGAUUUUGGUAAUCAAUACGUAUGCUUCGAUCUGUUCACACCACCGAUCAUCGAAAGAGAAGACUGCAACAGAACCCUUACCGGAACAUAUUCCGAUAAGAAGAAUUAUCGCGAACGCGUGGGUGCUAUACAUCCAGGGCAUGAGCAAAUUGCUCCAUACGCCCACCACAUACGCAUCAUUCUCUCCGAAGAUGGAGAUCUGGACAAGUUCACGCAGUUCUGUAGAAUCGCGGAGCUUCGUCCUCCAAUCUCUGGAGUCCGCAUCGAGGCCAUCUGCCAGGAAUUUUUCGCGAGCAAAAGACUGGCUUGGGUCCAAAGAUGGCUGAAGUCAUUGAGCUCAGACUGGCCUGUAGCAUUUCAGAUUGAGGCUCUUCUCCGAAAUGGUAUUGCAAAUACAAAGGAACUCGAGAAUUUACGCCCGAAUAUCGACCAUCUGAUUCGCUGCCACCGACCAUCUGCUGCAGCCAUCAUGCGAUACUUUGUGAUAAAAGCUGCGGCUCGUCCUCCAGGCCAAACGAUCAACAAGUGCUUCGAGCGGGUGGUACAGGAGAAGCUCGGGAAUGUCCGUCCCGAGGCGCCUGCUGGCCGCUUUUAUUGUCAUCGUGUUACAGUCACUCCGACUCGGCUCAUCCUUGAAGGGCCUAACAUACUGCAAUCAAAUCGCGUCAUUCGCGAGUACGAAGGCUAUGAAGGCAACUUCAUUCGGGUCGAUUUUCGUGACGAGGAUCGUCUCCAGUAUCGCUGGGAUAGAGAAGUAGAUGGGGCGAGCUUCGUCAGGCACCGUGUCGGGGGCUUGCUGGAGGAUGGUUUUGAGCUUGCGGGCAAACAUUUCGAUUUCUUAGCAUACUCUUCAUCUGCACUCAGGGAGCACGCUGUUUGGUUUGUUAGCUCCUUCCAGCACGAUACCAAAGGAUUGGUCAACGCGCAUACGAUAAGAAGUAGCUUAGGAGACUUCAGUGGAUGCAUUUAUUCCCCUUCGAAGUAUGCUGCCCGGAUGGCUCAAGCCUUUACGGCAACAGAUCCAUCGGUCAAGAUCCACCAGUCGCAGUGGUCGGAAAUGCCUGAUAUCGUCGAAAAUGGUGUUAUGUUUUCUGAUGGUGUCGGCACCGUCAGUGAUGAACUUGCUGAUUUAAUUUGGCAAACUCUCUGCGAAGCUCGACGAGAUGGUGGUGCGCAUGCAGUGAAACCUUCGGCGUACCAAAUCAGAUUCCUUGGCUUUAAAGGCGUUGUGGCUGUUGACAAGCAACUCAAGGGAAUCCACCUUCGUUUACGAGAAAGUAUGAACAAGUUCAAGGAUCAUGGGGAAGAAUAUGCUAUGAUAGAGAUUGCUCGUCCCGUUGUGAAACCCAACACUCCUCAUCUUAACAGACCUUUGAUCACGGUUCUAGAAGAUCGAGGUGCCUCAAAGGAUACCUUUAUGGAGUUGCAGCAAAAGGUUGUUGCGGAGGCACGUACCGCUCACGACUCAGUCGAUCUCUUUGCGGGGCUUUUGGAAAGCCACGGACUGUCUCAAUCUUUCCGACUGGCAUCGACGUUACGGAGACUUAAUACCCUCGUCAAGCAUGAUGCGCGCAUCCCAAUUCCUAACAGCUACAUGCUGAUGGGUGUCACCGAUGAGGGACCUGCGUACGACAAAAAAGGCUACUCGAAUGUGUUCAAGCUGCCUCCCGGCAAGAUAUAUGCGUGUGUUCACAAGCCAGGGGAUAGUGAACCCACAUGGCUUCAUGGACCUUGUAUGAUCUCGAGGAGUCCCGUCAUACAUCCAGGCGACGUCCAACAGUCAUAUGCCAUCGGAAAGCCUCCAAGUGAUAAACUUUGCCUUUUCGGUCACCUGAAGAAUGUAGUUGUAUUUGCAUCCACUGGCGCAACCUGUUUGCCAAACUCGCUCGGCGGUGGCGAUCUUGACGGGGAUCUCUAUGAGAUUAUACAAUAUCCACCCUUGAUCCUCCCUGAUCAUUAUGAUCCAGCGUCUUAUCCUUCGGGAAAGCCUUUCACGAUCGAACAUCCCAGCACAAUUGACGAUGUGUGUAAUUUUGUUGUGGAAUAUAUCAACUCAGAUGUUGUGGGGCUGGUGUCCGACAAGCAUAUUACUAUUGCAGCUAGCGACGGGACGUUCAAUGAGGCAUGCCUGAAGCUAGCAGCCCUUCAUAGCCAAGCCGUUGACUACCCAAAGAACGGAUGGAAGGUCAACGUUGAAGACAUUCCUCGCAACCUCAUCCCCUACAAACCUGAUUGGCAUGCAGCAGAGGUGGAAUCUCCCCGACCGACAGAUUAUUAUGAAUCCGACCGGGCCUUGGGUCACCUAUAUCGUAACAUCAAACUCGACGAUAUUCCCACUUAUAUUCCUCAGAAGCUACAAAAGCCGCUGAGUGAUCUUAUCUCCGUUACACUUCGUCCUUUAGUCGAACGACAGCUGAAGCGUCGUGAAAGACCUUCGAAACUUAACGUCUCAAUGAACAAUAUAUACUCGAUAUACGUCGACGAACUCAUCUACGUUGCAACCUGUCACACACUCUCACGGGUACCCGGUGCGCGCCUGCGCGAGGAGGAAAUCAUCGUCGGAACUAUCCUUGACAAGUGCUCACAGAAGCGCUUCAAAAAUGAUCGGACAUAUGCAAUGAGAGAAUGCAUUUCGGUCCUCAUUCGUGAUAUUCGAGGCAGAAUGCUACCGGAGAGUAUGGCGGACGCGUCGCCCGACGAAGUGCGGGAUGGCUUAGAGAACGGGUGGUCUGCUUGGGCGCUGAGUCAGGAGAAGUACAAAGCGAGUCACGAGGAGGGAAAACAGGCUUAUGAGGCAGGAACACAGGCUUAUGGCACGCAAAGUUUUGGUUUGGUUGCGUUGGGAAUUGUGCUGGACUGUCUGGAGGAGUUGGGGGAACUGCCCUUAACACAGGCUUAGGAUACCAAAUAUUGUACAAUGUAUAGGCUCGGUUCGUACUUGGAGGAGUACUAGGAAAAAUUGGCACGGUUAUUAGAUCACA